AUGUCUUCUUCAGAUACCUCAUCACUAUCAUCGGCGCCGCCGACAGACGAUGAGUCUAUGUCUGGAGCUACAUACGAGACCAAUACCAAAAUCACAAAUUAUUUCAAAGAGGAGACUCCGCCGCCUCCAAAGCGCGCUCCAUCUCCGCCACACGAAUAUGUCCUCGCAGACAAUCCAGAUAUCGCAUUCAUCGUCAUGUUCCGCUCGCGUUUUAGUGAUGUCUUCCCGAAAUCACUCCCACACUAUGGCCCACAAGACAUUGAGCAAGGCGUGCAAGAUAUAAUACCCGGAGAAUAUGUGGAAAAGCUGCUGUGUGCUCUUAUUGGCCUAGUUCUCAAUCGCAAAAAAGAUGUUGAAAAAGGACAUUAUCAAAGAGCUCUAGAAGAGGCAGUACAGACACAUGUUUCACAAUGGCCGCGUGCUUGGGAAGGAAAGAACCCUCUGCAUGGCGGGCGCACAUUCACGACUAUGAACCCUGAAGAGAGGUUACGUCUCCUCAAAGCUCUUAUUUUAUGGUCCCUUUCCUCCUCCGAUGCGGUACAAGCGAAGAUCAAGGAUUCCUACAAGCAGGCGCGACACGAUGAUGAUCUCAACCAGCCUCUGUCGAUACAACCAUGGGGAAGGGACGAAUUGAAAAGACGUUACUGGCUUAUAGAAGGCCAAGACGAUACUCAUUUUCGCCUCUACCGGGAGAGUAACCCAGCUCUGAAGACAAAUACCUGGUGGAGUGUUGCAGGCACCAUCGACGAGAUCCGAAAUGUUGGAGAGAAGUUGGCACAGGAAAAAUCACAACAUUCGAAGAGAUUGAGUGAGCGGAUUAACCAUGCAAUUCCUCGCUUUGAGGGUGGAGAAGAGAAACGGAGACGACGUGAUUACCGAUUAGCACGGAAGGCUGCAUUUUCUCGUCCAGAACCAGGAUUCUCCCUUUACGAAGGCCGUACGCGUGGCAAGAAGCUGAAAUAUACCUAUUCCGAUGACGAGGAUAUAUUUUCUGACGACUUGCCCGCUACUCGGCGAUCAACACGAAACGCAUCUGGCGUUAUGACCCCGGCCGAGCCUGCAGGGCCAACAAUAACAGCGAGCGGUCGACAAGUGCGAGCCCGAGCCGGUGGCAUAUAUGGAGAGUCAAUGUUAAGUGGACAACGAGCAGAACACCAGGCAGAUGACGAGGAUGAAGAGGUUCGACCGCAGCGCAGCACACGCGGCCAGGUGACCGGCUACACGUCAAGACAUGCCAAUGAUGCUAGCGACGAAGAAUCAGAAGCUGCGUCUAGUUGGAAAGGUGAUGACGAGUCGAACAACGAGAAUGAUGAUUUCGAGGGCGAUGACGAAGAAGAACAGAGUGAGGACGAGUCGAUGCUCGAUAUUGAUGACUCCGAACAAAAUAGUCUAGUUGUUCAUCUCCAUUAUGGCAAGACAAACCAACAAUCUGAAUCAGUUGAUGGCCCACCUAACGAAUCUGGUGGUAUUCCGGAUUCGAAUCCUGUGAAGACCGAGGUCGUAACUGACUUGUCUAAAAAACCACUCGAAAAGCCAGCUGCAGAAGGAGGUUCUCAAGCAGCAACCACAACAAAUGGAUCAUCGGAGGAAAAACAUCAAGAGCAGACGAUGCCAAGCUUAACAGCAAUUCGGGCCUAUGAAUACUCUAAGGAGAACGUGUCUACUCAUCAAGACAUGAAAACUGAAGACAUGAAUGCAAAAACUGCACAGGAACCCCCCGUGGCACCCCUUGAACCUUCUCGAAUGCAAAAUGGCAAUGAGCAGAGCUGA